AGGAAUGUAAUAUUUAUGAACCGGAAGACGUUCAGUUUUGAGUAGAUUACCCAAGAUGCUCGGCGUGCUUGUAGCAGGGGGGAAUGUGUGACAAUGGCAACAAAUACUACAGAAAAUAACCCACCUUUCGACUGUCCAUCAUGGGCAGGGAAGCCUCCAGCAGGACUGCAUUUGGACGUGGUGAAAGGAGACAAACUUGUUGAGAAACUGAUCAUUGAUGAAAAGAAGUAUUAUUUGUUCGGGAGGAACCCAGACAUCUGUGACUUCACCAUCGACCAUCAGUCUUGCUCUCGCGUGCAUGCGGCCCUCGUCUACCACAGGCAUUUGAAAAGAGUGUUUCUCAUCGACCUCAACAGCACACAUGGUACGUUCCUGGGACACAUUCGCCUGGAGCCCCACAAGCCCCAGCAGGUUCCCAUCGACUCCACCAUGUCGUUUGGCGCAUCCACACGCGUUUACACCAUUCGGGAGAAACCUCAGAGUCAGCCGGGCUCCGGCGUCGGGGACAGUAAAACCGGGGACGACGAGGAGCUGAAGGGUCUUCUGGGACUUCCAGAGGAAGAGACUGAACUGGAGAAUCUGACUGAGUUCAACACGGCUCAUAACAAGCGCAUCUCCACCCUCACCAUAGAGGAGGGCAACCUGGAUAUUCAGAGACCCAAGAGGAAAAGGAGGAACUCCAGAGUGACCUUCAAUGAAGAGGAUGAGAUCAUUAACCCAGAGGACAUCGACCCCUCUGUUGGACGUUUCAGAAACAUGGUCACAACAGCUGUGGUUCCUAUUAAGAAGAAGAAAAUGGGCGGAGGCAAUGCGCUGGGAAUCGAGGAAACCAUGACCCGACACAUGCACAUGUUCCCUUUGCAUGGUGGACUCUACAGAGACCUUCCCCCGGCCAGUCACGAAGCUCAAUCCACAGGAGCGCCCGGCGGAGCCACAAUCCUGGGAGGACUGCCGUUACCCCUGCCCAACCCGGCCCCGGAUGUAGACCUGGCCCAGGAGGCCCCGCCGGCUCCGCUCGUGCUCAACCCCACGCCGCUACCCAGCCCCUACGUCUCCGACCCUCUCAGCGAACCCCGCAAGAAGAAGUACGCUAAAGAGGCAUGGCCUGGCAAGAAGCCCACGCCGUCUCUGCUCAUCUAGCUGCUUAUUACUAAUACAAGACUCUUCUGUACUCAUGAACUCUAUCUUGAAGAAUCUGGCAAACAGACUUUGAUUUCAACUGCGCUACAAGUAUCUGAUUUAAUGCAAGAAAUCUGUAAUUUUUAAAAGAAGAUCUUUCCUCCUAAAAUGAGCAUUGGCUCACUCUCAUGUCAUUCCAGAUGCAUAGUACUUUCUAAAUUCAUUGAAAUGCAAAAGGAAGAAUGUCCUCAUUUGCACAGUUCAGUGAAAAAAUUCAAAAAAGAAGUGCAUUUUGACUUAUUUCGCUCUGUUCCUCACACGGAAUAAUCUGGUCUUAAUCAUUCAUUUUUGUUUUGUCAAAAGAGCUGCUUGGACGUUGUGCAUUAGAUCUUUUGUGUUUCAUAGGAACGUUGCAAUGACAUGAGGGUGAGUAAAUGACGUAAUUUUAAUGCAUUUUGAUUGAUCUAUUUCUUUAAAAUGCCUGCUUGAACGUGAGAACCGAAUGAAAAGCAAACACAAGUACAUAACCUGAUCCAAACAGCAAAAUGUGUCAUGUUUAGCCUAAGAUGGCAGGGGGGUUAACUUUUAUAGUGUACUCUCUUUGGUUUUUUUACUCUCUUUACUAUUUGUUAAAUGUGAAGUUGUUUCAAACUAGCUGUUUGGCCAUCGCACUUCAACAUGAGCAUCAUUAAUGCAGAUGGUAGAUCUGGUAGAUCUUCCACAAACCCUGUAUUUGGUUUCAAAACUGAUGAAGUUCUGCAAUAUUGUAACACUUUACCUUGUGAAGAUCUUUUUCCUCUGCUGUUCCGCACUGUAUUAGUUUCAUACACUUGUUCCCCUUAAUAUACAAACCGAGGGCAGCAGCGUUUCAAAUGAACUGUUAGUUGAUGGUUCAUCAGGGCUCAAUGUAUACGGUCUUCACUGUUAAAGAGAGAAAGAGAAAAAUGUUUUAUACUCAUGUUCUGUUUGGUGCAUUUGAUGUUUGUACAUAUCAUUCACAAUAAAAGCCAGUGUAUUUUUAUAUA